AGAAGCCUCCGCAGUGUUCCCAGGACGAGUAUUAGGGAUACACCUUGGAAAAGGACGCCGCCAUGCUUUAGGAGAUGUGCCUGAUUUCUCCGCGAAACAACAUGAAACAUACCGUCGAGUGUCACGGAACAACCAAAUAACGGUGCUGAUUGAUUCGCGUUUAGAAUCGAGUGAUUGUCGAAACGAAUCAAUCUGACGAGUCGUCAACCGAGCGCGCGCGAGGGAACGGAGAUCUGAGCACCGCGGACGGGCACAUUCGAGGUUAUACACACCAGCUGGGGUGCGCAAUCAGUAUCUCAAACACUAUGAAGACUGUUCUCGAUGAAGCGAGGGUGAGCGCCGUAUGUGUACACAAAUGUCAACUUGCGCUGCUGUUCGACAACUUCAUCGGUGAAACCGCAGCUCGCUCGCAUCGCGCCCGCAUUACCGAGUCGAUCGUGCAGCCAGCACCGCUGGUGUAUUGUUUGGCAGAUUGUUAUCCGAAGGCGGGAAACAUAUGGAGGUUUUAACAAUCGUGUGUACGUAGCCGAGACAUUGAAAUGAGUAAACACACACGUCGCACCGGCGUUACGCAUGGCUGCUCCUUGCCGCACUGAAUUUUUGACUCAGCGUUGCACGGCGGAAAGUCAUUAUUACACACACACUCAUUCCUAACUGGAGAACAGAACAUACACAAUUAGUGGAUUCCAUGUUUUUAAAUAUCGUUGAACAGGGUACAAAAUAUAGAACUAGAACAUAGAGAAUGAAAGUUAGCGCUGAGAAUUUCCUAGAAGAGAUUUAUAGUUAACACGCAUGUUGCGUAGAGGUGCGAUAUAUAUUUAAAUGAUCAUAGAGAAUCUUUAUUCAUCUUAACAUGACAUAAUUAUUAGUCAAUUGCUCCAACAUGAGUGUCAUAUAGUUAAAGAGAACAAAAAAAAAAAAAAAAACCAUCAUGUGCAAUAAGGACUGACAGAUGUGUCAAUAUAUAUCCUAGUGAUUCGGUAGAUAAGUAGAAAAGAAAACAAUGUCAGUUCCUUCCUGCUCAACAAGUAAAGAACCGGAUGGUGUAAAUACUAAGGACGAAGUUAUAUACGAAAAAUGGGAACGUUUCAGUAAUUGGGUGCAUUGCAUAUGCAUUGUUACUUUCGAUUUAGAAUUGGGUCAAGCUAUAGAGGCGAUUUAUCCAAGCCAUGUUAAAUUAUCAGAGCAAGAGAGAUCAAAUGUCUGUUACUUAGCCUUUCCCGACUCAAAUUCUGGAUGUAUGGGAGAUACUCAGUAUCAUGUAAGAAUCAGACAGAAUAGCAAAAUGGUACAGGAAACCAAUGCUCUCAAGGAAUACAAUAGAAAAUCAUCUUCUUUCCUGCAAACAGAUAAAGAUUAUUAUUGGGGAUACGUUUAUUUUCGACAAGUGAAGGAUAAAUCUUUGCCCAGAGGAUAUUUUCAAAAGAGUGUUGUUAUUAUUACAAAACUGCCAUUUGUUAAUUUAUUCGGAGAAUUAUGCGCUUUGAUAGCACCGGAAUUUUUUGAGGCUGGAAUGGCGCUUAUGGAGGCUGUGAUACGAGAAAUCGAUCACUGGCCUCCUCCGGUUCCAGGCCAGAUAGUUCACUUACCUCUUAUUGGUGUCUUAUUUCAGACAUACAUCCCAAAUCAAAAUUACAAGGCCACAAUCCCGUCGAUUGCUGCCAUGGAGCAUGCACCAAACGUGCACGCGACGCGAAGACUGAUUUUGACGUCAGCAUACGAGGGCGACAUGUUCCGGAGUCUAGCUAGUGUUGUUAGUUACGUACAUUUACUGUGGGAGCUUGUACUUCUUAGCGAGCCAAUUGUCGUAAUGGCUGGUUCGCCGACUACGUGUUCUGAGAUGGUUCAGGCACUUAUAGCGAUGAUCGCGCCGUUGAAAUACUGCGCCGAUCAUCGCCCGUACUUCACUAUCCACGAUUCGGAAUUCAAGGAAUACACGGCCGAUUCGCCGACGCCACCCGCGGUGAUACUAGGUGUGACCAAUCCAUUCUUCGCCAAGACUCUGCAACACUGGCCGCACAUAAUCAGGAUCAGCAACGGCAACAACAGCGAAGAUCAGAGAUACAAAAUCAAGAAGUCGGAGAAUCUCAAGGUGCUAGACUCGAAACCGGGCGUUUACACACAGUACAAGCCGUUUCUGCAAAAAGACAAGACCAUUUUGAAGAAGCUGUUCAGAGGCGUUCAGACAAAACGUCCGGGUGAGGUGCAAACCGCGCUCCUCAAGCGUCACUUGAUGGAAUUAACGGAAAGUUUCAUGAUACCGCUCGAGAGAUACAUCGCGACUCUCAUGCCACUUCAAAAAAACAUAUCACCUUUCAAGGCAACUCCCACUCCGCAAAUGUUCAAUCCAGAUGACUUUCUCGCUAGCUUGAGUAGCUCCGGUCCUCAACUGACUACGGGCAUUAAAGGAGAUUGGGUGGGAUUGUACAAACGAUUCUUUCGUUCGCCCAAUUUCUCUGGAUGGUUCCACACGAGAUAUACAGAAUUGAGUCAACAGCUGCAGGUUAAGCAGUUGGAAAAGUUAUCGCAGGCAGAUUUGAAAACGUGGGUACAGGGAAAGCACGAGGUGGAAGUGGUCGACAUGAUUCUCAGAAUUCGCCAAAAAUUGGAGAAGAGCUGCAUCGAUGACGUACCGAUCGAUAACUCGGUUCGAGAAAAAUUGCGAGAAAGAAUAGAUGAUAUCACACACGUAUUGCCGGACGAUCUAAAGGUUAUUCUGAGACAGGAAUCCUGACAGUACGAUUACGUUAUCAAUAUCAAAACUCGUUAACAUUACAUUUAGUUCUAUGUUAACAUAAAUUUCGUAUAUUUAAGAGACUCACAGACGUAAUGUUUAAGCUGAAAAAAUUUAAAAUGCUCUAAUCUCUUUCCUAUUUAUUACGAUGUAAGUGAAAGAAAAAGGCGUGUCACACAAGCCUGUCUACUUAUAGUUACGUUGUGGUUCGAGAAUUUGUACAAUUAAUUAUGUUAUGAUAAUGUACUACUACUAACAUACGUAAUUUAAUUCGCAAUUUGAAAUACUCGCUGCUCAGAUCGGUUGAGGUAAAUCCAUAUAUACAGUAAUCUCACUUUUAUACUACAUACCGUGUACGUAUCAUAGAUUAUCAGCGUCAACACAUUUUUUUAUACACAAAUAUUUUAUAAACCUUAUAUAAUCUUUACACACAAUCUUGCUCUGUUACGUUACAAACUGGAUGUAGCGCGGCCAUUCAAAUCUUAUUUACAAUGCCAAUUUUUGACCAAAGCUUCCUUCAUUUAUGUGAUCAAAUCAUUCCGGUUAGUGAUUAUCGCAUAUACAGUAAUCUCUUUUUCUUUUAAUUGUUAAGAAUCUUGACAAAUACUCGGAGGAAGAUAAGUAAUAAUCUCACAUGGGCAUGAAUUUCAACUCAACUAGAGAGGGUGUAAAAAUACGAAACGUUACGUUACGAGUGAUGAAUGUGUACAUACAAAUUUUUGAGAUCUGUGUAAAUAAAAUAUUUGUACAAACAUGUAAUGCGUAAUAAAAAAAAAAACUUAUUUUGAUAAACGGGUUUGAGGUAUUUAUUUUA